AUGAUAACAGUUGGUCCGCGCGGACCCGCACUUCUCCAGGAUAUCAUCUAUUUGGAUGAAAUGGCGCACUUCGAUAGGGAACGACCACCGGAACGGGUAGUUCACGCUAAAGGUGCCGGUGCUUUCGGUUACUUCGAAGUGACUCGGCCUGAAAUCACAAAGUACUGUAGGGCCGCCCUAUUCAACACAGUGGGCAAAAGGACACCCGUGGCCGCCCGGUUCUCCACUGUGGUGCGCGAGCGUGGGUCAGCCGAUACGGUACGGGAUCCGCGAGGGUUUGCCGUCAAGUUCUACACCGAAGAGGGCAACUGGGAUCUGGUGGGCAACAACACUCCGGUCUUCUUCAUACGGGACUCGUUUCAGUUCAUGUCUUUCAUUCACUCCCAAAAACGUAAUCCGCAAACAAAUCUACUCGACUAUAACGCUCGUUGGGAUUUCUAUACACUCAGACACGAGUGCUUACAUCAGUUGACAUUCAUGUUUGGCGACAGAGGCAUACCUGAUGGGCACCGGCAUAUGGAUGGCUGGGGCUCCAGUACUUACAAACUGGUCAAUAGUGACAAUCAACCCGUUUAUAACAAGUUCUUUUGGAGGACCAAUCAGGGGGUUAAGAAUCUGGACGUCGACACCGCCAACAGACUCGUCGCGACUGAUCCGGAUUAUUCAGUGCAUGACUUGUUUGACGCGAUCGCUCGCAAGGACUACCCCUCUUGGACUCUAUACAUACAAGUGAUGACAUACGAAGAGGCGGCCAAAUGGGAGUUCAAUCCCUUUGAUNCGGGUCCGCGCGGACCAACUGUUAUCAUAUUAGUCUUGUCUCCGACGGGAACUCCAAACACAUCUUGGUUAUCGUUUAAGUUGUGCGAAAUAUUCAGUCAAUCGCUUCUCACUGUUUACGAUCACAUCUUCGGUUCGGUCGACAAUGCCUUCAACUUCUUCGCCCAAUGA